AUGACUUCGGGGUUGCUCUAUCUACAUGAAGAUGCGCAGCAACCUGUGUUGCACACGAAUAUCAAACCGAGCAAUGUUAUGGUGGAUUCUGAUUUCAACGCAAAACUUGGGGAUUUCGGGCUCAGCAACAGAAAAGAGCCACAUAUGAUAACAAGAAGCUACAUGGCUCCUGAAUAUAUCAUGGGACAGUUAAGCAAUAAAUCAGACGUCUUCAGCUUCGGAAUUGUUGCUUUGGAGAUUUCCUGCGGAAGAAAGCUCAUCGAUCCAAAAUUUGGAGGAAGGCAAGUCGAUAUGGUAGAGUGGGUUUGGGAGCUUUAUGUAGAAGGAAAAGUUAUCGAAGCAGCUGAUCCAAAAUUGCGUGGAGAUUUCAAUGACAAACAAAUGGAGUGCUUGUUGAUUGUGGGGCUGUGGUGUGCUCAACUAGAUUACAAUUUAAGACCUUCAAUGCGACAAGCAUUUCACACGCUAAACUUCGAAGUUCCAUUACCCAUUCUCCCAUCAAGGAUGCUAAUGGGUACGUCUCCUCCGGCAAUAACGCUUUCAAGGUCGCCUAGCACUAUUGGUUCUGAAGGAGGGCAAAUGGAGUCUGGUUAUGGUAAUGCCACCAGUUCCUCAGAGAUCACUGAAUCUUCAGCAAUGGAGUCUGGCUAUGUUAAUGUCGAUUCCUCAGAGAUCACUGAAUCUUCAAUAGUGGAGUCUAGUUAUGGUAAUGCCACCAAUUCCUCAGAGAUCACUGAAUUUUCAACAAUGGAGUCUAGCUAUGGUAAUGCCACCAAUUGCUCAGAGAUCAUUGAAUCUUCAGCAAUGGAGUCUGGUAAUGCCACAAAUUGCUCAGAGAUCAUUGAAUCUUCAGCAGUGGAGUCUGGCUAUGGUAAUGCCACCAAUUCCUCAGAGAUCACUGAAUCUUCAGCAAUGGAGUCUGGCUAUGUUAAUGUCAAUUCCUCAGAGAUCACUGAAUCUUCAGCAAUGGAGUCUGGCUAUGUUAAUGUCAAUUCCUCAGAGAUCACUGAAUCUUCAGCAGUGGAGUCUGGUUAUGGUAAUGCCACCAAUUCCUCAGAGAUCACUGAAUCUUCAACAAUGGAGUCUGGCUAUGGUAAUGCCACCAAUUGCUCAGAGAUCGUUGAAUCUUCAGUAGUGGAGUCUGGUAAUGCCACCAAUUCCUCAGAGAUCAUUGAAUCUUCAGCAAUAGAGUCUGGCUAUGGUAAUGCCACCAAUUCCUCAGAGAUUACUGAAUCUUCAGCAGUGGAGUCUGGCUAUGGUAAUGCCACCAAUUCCUCAGAGAUCACUGAAUCUUUAGCAAUGGAGUCUGGCUAUGUUAAUGUCAAUUCCUCAGAGAUCACUGAAUCUUCAGCAGUGGAGUCUGGCUAUGGUAAUGUCACCAAUGUUGUGCGCAGCGGAA